UGGUACAGUCAACGCGAAGCUCUUUCCAGUGAUCAACACAGACCUCUCACAAAACAAUCCCCAAACAAAUCAAUCAAAAUGUUCCGAUUGGUGGUGUUGUCCGCUCUUCUUGCCGUUGCCGCUGCUGCCCCAGGACAUCUGGUCCACUCGAGCCCGCUCGCCUACCAGACCGUCGUUGCUGCUGCACCGGCCCUCGUCGCCCAGAAGGAAAUCUCGUACCAGAAGAGCAUCAUUGAGGAGCCGACCGUGGAGCACGUUGGAACCGUCGUCAAGACCAUCCCGACCGGUGUGACGCACACCAGCUCGGCCGUGGUGCACGACACCAAGGUGCAGGAGAAUGUGUAUGCUCCGGCCGUAAAGAAGACCGUUGUGUCGACUCCGGUUGAGAAGACGACCUACGUCCAGGCUGCUGCUCCGGUCGUUCAUGCUGCCCCGGCCAUCUAUGCUGCUCCGGUUGAGACUGUUUACGCUGCUGCUCCAGUUGCCAAGACGUACACGUACGCUGCCCAGCCAAUUGCCAAGACCUACGUGCAGUCUGCUCCAGCUGCCAUCGCCUACGAGGCAGCUCCAGUGUCGUACGUUUCGGCUCCUCUGGCUAAGACUGCCUACGUCAGCAGCUACCCGUCCGUGUACGCUGCCCCAGCUGUGUAUGCUAACCAGUGGCACUAAACCAAUGAC